UUAAUUAUGAAAUUAAGAUCAGACUUUCUUUGCAUGUUUUUGGACUAGAUAGUUAAAAUGUUAUGGUUUCACUCCAAAUUACCUGUAUUUUUGAGGAUAUUGCGACAGUUGAAGUUAUGUUUACAAAUUUAAGAUUAAUCCCUUCUAUAACCAUUACGUAGGUAGAAUUCGGCUUAAAGUUCUGCAUUCUUCUAAGAUUUUUCUCUUACACUGGAAUUAAUGGAACUCUGGGCAUUCUGUUUUGUUGCCUUUUCUGUUCCGUGAUUUUCUUAUCUUUUGUUCUUAACUUCCAAUACUUUUAGCUCAAUAUCUUGAUUCAUGAUUUGUGAUCUUGCAGGUUUCUUUUUUAGAUUAUUUCACGUACUUGGCCCCGCUUGGCUGGAGGGAUGUAUAGAUAUGAUAUUUUUAUACUGUAAAGUUGAUCAAAGACUGCUGGUGUUUCGUGUUUUUUGAAUUUUACUCCUAUGGUUUCUGAGUUAUGGUGAGGUUAGAUUAUGGAUUUAAUGGCUAUCAGGAGCCUCCUAUUCCUCGAGCUACUAGAUCAGCUAGGGGAAGGGGAAAUAUUAGGAAGAAAUCCGAUAGCAAUGAAAUGUGUGCUUUUGACUUGUUGACUACUGUAGCCGGGAAGUUACUGCUGGAAGGAGAAAGCACUUCAAAUUCUAGCGGGAAAGAUCGGUGUGCAGUUGUGAAAGAUACUACUGAGACCAUUAAGGAAGAUGAAGAUACAUCUUUAAAAGAAAAUAAAGGUUUCUUUAUUUCUCAGAUUGUCGCAGAAGCUCCUGUGCUAAAUCAUUGUUUAAGCAAAUCGACAGAUACGUUAUCCGGACCAGCAUCUGUAAUUACAAGUUCCGAUUGCUCGGAGAAGUUGGAACAAUUCAUAAAUGGCGAAAGCAAAAUCGAAAACGGAAACUGUUCUAGUAAGGUAGAGGAGGAGGCAGGUUUUUCUAGUUGUACAUUAGGCGCUGAAAGUAAAAAACAAAUGAAAAUCGAUCCGUUAAAUGAUGCAAAGAUUUCAACCAAUAAAAGGGCUUUUUCUGAUAUUUGGGAUAGGAAACCUUCAAUGCUUGUUGCUUCGAACAAUACUGUAAAAUUAUCUCUUUCAAGGGACCCUGAUCCUUCUGGGUCCUUUCCGGUGAUCCGGUAUAAUGAUGUACAGUUAGCUAACAAAGAUGAUGACGAAAAAUCUUGCGGGUCCACUCAACCUAGCACCCGAAAUAAGGCCUUCAGGCCAGCACCACGUGCCAAUGUUGAUAGUGAAACAAGGCAUGUGUACCAGAACAGCAAAAAUGGCCACACGACCGAAAGGUCUCAGAGGGAUUUUCCUUUCAAGAAAAGGAAGCUCUAUUAUUGUAACUCGUUUUCCAAUUCCGAUGGAGGGAGUAGUGAUGGAAUAUGUAGUUCUCCGGCAAAAGACUUAAAUAGAGAUACAUCCGGUUAUAGUCUAGCAUCUUCAGGAGCCCGUGCAGCAGCUGGGACGUCAAUUACCAAAGGAGCUCGUGCAUCCUUCAGGUCUAAUGACUCCCAUGUGAAGCUCAAGAUCAAGUCUUUCAGAGUUCCUGAGCUUUUUGUUGAGAUUCCGGAAAAUGCAACUGUCGGUUCUCUAAAGAGGACGGUAAUGGAAGCAGUGACGGCAAUACUUGGCGGUGGGCUCCGCAUUGGUGUAGUUUUUCAGGGUAAGAAGGUUAGAGAUGACAACAAGACCUUAUUUCAGGCUGGAAUUUCACAUGAUGACAAACUUGAUGCUCUUGGUUUUACCCUGGAGCCUAACACAUCUCGAGCUUCCGCACCUCUAGGUCCAGAAGGUCGUUCUUGUGUACCUCCUUGUGAGACACCUCAACCACUAACAAGGUGCUCGCCUGCUCCUACUAUUAUUCGUAAUGGCAUACAGCAGGGGACAUAUAAUGCCUUCUCGGAUCAUCCAGGAACAAAUUUGAGUAGCUUCAUCGAAAGCGAUCACGAUUCAGCUCCAUCCCCUCCUGAUGCCUCACUGGGGGAGAAAAAUGCUGCAAAUUCAAAAGCAUUGGUUCCAGUUGCUGCAAUGGAUGCAGAAGCCUUGGCUGUAGUUCCAAUGCGAAAGCCCAAGCGAUCUGAAACUGCGCAGCGUCGAAUCCGUAGACCUUUUUCUGUUUCUGAAGUGGAAGCACUUGUUCACGCUGUUGAGAAGCUUGGAACUGGAAGGUGGCGUGAUGUCAAAAUGCGAGCUUUUGAUAAUGCCAAACACAGAACUUAUGUCGAUUUAAAGGACAAAUGGAAAACACUGGUGCACACAGCGAGAAUAUCUCCUCAACAAAGGAGAGGUGAGCCCGUGCCUCAAGAACUCCUUGACCGGGUCCUAAUUGCUCAUGCUUACUGGUCCCAACAACAAUCGAGGCAGCAGAUGAAACAUCAAUCGGAGACGCGUCUUUUGCUUUAAGAAGGUUGUAAAGAAUAAACUAGCUGCAGUAACUGGAGGAAGAUAAGUAAGUAGAUGGGGUUUUGGGGAUUUUUUUUGUUUUGUUAAUAAUAAAUAUUUUUAAGUGUAAAGAUUAUAACUCAGGGGAAGUAAAUUAGUUCACUUUACAUUUAGCUUCCUGCAGUGGGAUCUGUUUCCUGCAUAGAAGGGGGAGUUGGGGUUGGCACUUGUACAUGUUUGAAAAUAAAGUGCUUACUAACACAAAUUUUUGUAUCAAGGCUUUGUAAUCAGCUAAAAUUCUUGGUUUUUUGACAAGAAAUUCUUUUUAUGGCAA